CCCUUUUUCUAAUUCCGAGGCUGCAAAGUGCAACAGCAGACUCUUCUGACUCAGGAAGCCCAGUGCUCCUGCCCACUUCCUGUUCCUCCAUCUCCAGCGGACACUGCUCUUUCAAGGGCAGGUCUCCAGCCCAGCUCUCUGAUCACAUUUUGCUGAAAAUAUAAGCAAACACCAGCCUUGUCCUCCUUGUGUUCAUACACCGUGGAAGCUUUUCUCUGCCUCCUCUUUGAGAGUGCGUGGCCGGGAGACAAGAAACGUGGUCCUUUCUCUUGCCUGUGAGCUGAUGCAGAGAUGGAGGAAGAAGAAUAUGAACAAAUUCCCCAGGAGAAUCCCCCAGAAGAGCUGUCCCAGGAUCCUGUGCUGGAGCUGUCAAGAGGUCUAAGGGAGAAAGAACAGAAGACCCCAAGGAGACUGAGGCUCAUUCUCAUGGGGAAAACAGGAAGUGGGAAGAGUGCAACAGGAAACAGCAUCCUUGGCAGGGAAGUCUUCGAGUCUAAACUCAGCACCAGACCCGUGACCAAGACCUCCCAGAGACAGAGCCGAGAGUGGGCUGGGAAGGAGCUUGAGGUGAUCGACACACCCGACAUUCUGUCCCCCCAGGUCUCGCCAGAGGUGGCAGCCGCUAUCUGCCAAGCCAUCGUCUUAUCCACCCCAGGGCCCCACGCCGUGCUCCUGGUGACACAACUGGGCCGGUUCACGGAUGAGGAUCAGCAGGUGGUCAGGCGCCUGCAGGAGGUCUUUGGAGUGGGGGUUCUGGGUCACACCAUCCUGGUGUUCACCCGGAAGGAAGACCUGGCCGGCGGCUCCCUGGAAGACUAUGUGCGAGAGACCGACAACCAGGCCCUUGCCUGGCUGGAUGUGACCCUUGCACGGCGCCAUUGCAGCUUCAACAACAGGGCACAGGGGGAGGAACAGGAGGCCCAACUGCAAGAGCUCAUGGAGAAAGUUGAAGCCAUUCUGUGGGAAAAUGAAGGAGAUUAUUACAGCAACAAGGCUUACCAAUAUACCCAACAAAACUUUCGACCGAAAGAACCACAGGAAGGGCAAGUAACCCAGGGCCAAGGCUCUGAGGACGUGCCUGGUGAGGAGUCCUGGCUGGAAGGACUGUCCCGGAUCCAGAAGGAAUCUGAGGAAGCCCACAGAUGCCUGCUGGGGAGGGCUGACCUUUGAGACUGUGCUGGACUUGAGCCAAGGACACCAUCAGCCCUUGCACCGCUGUGUCCAGCCUCUGUUUCUCUUUCCAUCCCAUGGAGUGCUUCCCAGUCUCCAGGUCAUGAUGUCUGGUGUAGGAAGAGGGGCAUGGGGCUUGAGGAUAGGGUCUAGCAUGCCCAGAUCACAUCCCAGUUCCUUCAUUCCUUCUUCCAGAACAUCUGGGUCCUCCCUCCUCUGUGCCCCAACAGCACACUGUCUUCCUAUUGGACCUUCUAUCUCAUUGGCAUUGCCUUUCAUGGGUUACUUGUCUAUACUCUGAUAGAACCAAAGUUUCUUGAGGGCAGGCCUGUAUCUUUUACUUCUGUGUAACUUCCACAGCUUUUGACUGCAUUGGAGUCAUGCAGUCACGUUUGGUGCAGCAACUCCAUGCAAGCUGUUGACCAGAUGACUUCUCAUCUCUCCCCACACCAUGAUGGUUUAAGGUGCCUGUUGUGCCUGGUGGCUGAACAUAGCAGUGGUGCGGAGACAUGGGGAGGGUUAGAGACUGGGCUGGGAGGAGAGCAAGCAGGAACAGGGAUGGAGGCAGGAGGAGCAGCCUUUUUAUUCACUCUUGAACUGUAACAAACAAGCCCUGUUGGAACUUCCUAGUGGGAAUGAUGGGAGAAGUUUGGGGCAGGUUAUCCAAGAAGUCAGACUGUGGUCAAGAAGGUGAUCCCCUGUCCUGGCUACAGAACAUGGAAGCCCCUAGAGAUGCAUGUGGACUUGGGCAGAGGAGGUCACACCACCCCACCAAGGUAGACUUAGAUUAGAGACGACUUGCAUCUGUUACUUCCCCUUUUUCCCUGGGUUUCAUGGCCCUUCACGAUAUUUGCCUUCUGCUCCUAGAAGGCACAGACUACUUUCAACCUGCCUCACCCUUCACUGCCACCCCUCCCUUCUCCCUUGAUAAUGGGAGCAUGUGGAUGGGGUGAGUGUCUGCGUGUGCAAACGGGUUCCCUAGCAAGGUAUUUGUGGGGGUCCAAUGCAAGGAGGCAGGGAAGAAAGGGGGCCUGCAAAGGAAGCAGUAGAGUGAUUUAAACAUCUUGCGAGGCAGCCUGCCUGGUUUAUGGGAGAACUCUGAAGCCCGUGAUGUUUUCUUGGAAGGCUGUUCCUACAGACGGGGUUUAUAAGAACUGAUACUGGACAGGAUGAGAAGGGAGUAGGAUGUCAUCCUGGCACAAGCAUAGAUAGGAAGCUGCCUGCCUGCAAGAGGAGACUGAUGUGCCUCGGGUGCACCCCAGCUUCUUUGAGGUCCAAGAUGCUCCUGGGGAGUUGACCAACAUUUGGGAAGAUAAUAGGAGGCAAUUGGGAAACUGCUCCCCAAUAUAUUCCUCUUUUCCUUUCUUCAAGCUGCGUGGCAGGGGGUCUUUAGCUAGUUUCUCCCGAGAGGGGCGGGAAGUACAGCUGGUGGGGACAGUGCUGGGAGAUGAUCAGAAAUCUCAGGGCACAGUCUCAGGUCUACCUGGACACUCAUCCGCUGUUGGAGAUGCUCAACAGCCAGACACGGAUGCUCACAGUCAACCUGUGGCCUCUUGCUCUGAAGCCAUCCCCCAUCUUCCCUAGACACAGCAGACAUCUGAGAAAGCUUCAGCAUUUCUCUUGCUAACAGAUUCAGAAAAGUGUCUCAAAGCAGAGCACAGAGUUAUUUGGUGUUUGCCGAAGACAGCCUUUGUGCCACAAUCAUUUAUUAAAUAAGCGAUCAAUUUCCCAUUGAACUGAACAUGCAACAUUUAUCAUACAUUCAGUUCUCAUUCACACUCCUUAAGAUUUGUGUCAGAAUUUUUAUUUCUGUUCAUGUCUUCUACUUUUCUACUCCUUUAUGAAUAAAAUAUUGAUUUGAUUACAAUGGCUUUGACUAUAAUAUGGGAGCCAAUUUUUGCCUCAGUCUUCAUUUUUAUAUUUACCUUGUUAUUCUCAGGCAUUUUUUUCUUCUAUGUGAAAGUUAAAAUCAUUGUGUAAUUUCCCAAAAAAAAAUCAUGUUGGUAUUCUAGUUGGCAAUGUCUUACAUUUAUGUUAAGUUUGAGGGAAUUGGUAGUUCAAGUAUAAAUUAACCAAGGCCAUUUUGUUUCUAAGUGAACAGACUUUAAACUCCAGAGCUACUGAAGCAAAAGUUAGAAUCAUUUGCAUUUUCAUUCAGAUAGGAGAUAAUUUUGUAAAUUUUGAUGCUAUUAUUUUAACUCUAUUAGCUUAAGUAAUGUCAUAAUAGAAAACGCAAGCAUUUGACCAAAUGAGAUCCAUUCAGCGACUAACUGGCAAGGCACUCAAAACAUGUCAUUCAUUAAAUGUUGUUUUUAAUUACCUC